AUGGAAGACGGUAUUGCCAUGUGUAGUGCUGAUGAAUGUGCAUCAGUCGCCAUCGUGCUUGUGUUUUUCCAAUUUCUAUUUUUUUACCUGCGUGUGUUAUAUAUUCAAAGAGAUCAUGUAUUGAUGUACAUUUUGUUUAGUUCAUAUAUUUUUUUAAUUUUGUUGCCAGUUGCGAGCGAGAAAAGGGGCGCAUGUUGUGUCAUUUUGAUUGCUUUACCUUGCAAAACCAUUUGUUUGCUCCUUUGUUUGUUUGGUUGGUUGGCAUGCGAUAUAUAUAUAUAUUCCUCUUGUCUUUCUCUGUUGCUUUCCCCGCCUUAUGUUACCAGUUAUAAGGUGCUCUCGGCUAAAAUAGAUUUGAAGGCUUUCAUGGCCAAAAUGAUGAACGCGUGCUUUUUCGGUUUGCUCCUGAUUACUGCAGUCGCUGGUGUGCAUGCAGGUUUGCCCUUUACCGAGCCAAAGGGCCCCAUGCCUGAUACCAUCGAACUGGCAGAAUCUGCCCUUGCUCCAUUUAUGGCCUUUGACGGUGGACAUCUCUACUUGUCUAAGGGGCAGCAGGACAUACCAGUGGUGUGUGGAUCGGAAUCUUCUGCGAAAUCUCGCAUUGUGCUUCCUGUCACACUCAAUGACCUCGAUCGGCUCCAUGGGACGCUGCCCGUGCAGCGUUUGAAUCAAACCUCCACUGCCUCUGAAGCCCAACUGGACAUAGUGGAAGGUUGUUAUGUUCUUCCCGAGGGAAAAGACAGACCAUGUGUGGCAUCGUUAAAUUCUACUCCAGAGCAAUGCAAUAUGAACAUACGAGAUUCAACAGUCUAUUGGACCUACCGUGAACGCCUUCGUAAGACACAAAACUCUUCACAAAUUCUUAGAGGAGGAGCCGACUUACUUGUGAAUCAUGUUCUCUGGGUUCAUGGAUUGCGUGCGCGGCUUCGUCGUUCCAUCAGACGAACACGGAAAGUUGCUGAGACUGGAAAGACGCUGUGGAAAGUUGUGGUCCUUGGGUGGGACAAGAAUACCAUUCAGGAGGAUAAGCAGGCCUUUGUCGAGGCCGUGAGCGCAAGGGGCAGGGAACUCGUAAAUGGGGCCUACGCCGAAGUAAUGGACAAAUGGAUGGUUGUGAGGCAGUGGAUGAAAACGUCGGUUGGCGAGGUUGAGGAUGCGGUGAAUACCUUCAGCACAGAAAAUGGAGGAUCACUUCUGGGGCCUCAUGCGUAUUGCAACCCCUCAACCUACUUCGAUAAAUGGCUAAAUUACUCUGAUGAAACCCUUUUGGGGGACUUCAUUGCCAGCAGCGUUAAACAAGACCUUGAUUCACUUUUUCGUGGCUUCAAAUUUUUAUCCGAUGGCACACCGAAGAAUUUGGAUCCGCUUGGCCGCCUGCCGUGCAUAACAACGUGUUUUGCUCUGGCAAUGAUGUUGUUUGAAGAUUUUCCAAUUCGUCUGGCGUACGGAAAUAUGAUGAAUGGAACAGAUUCCACCAAUGCACUCUGGUCACUGGAACGGUUCAAAGCGUUGGGAGAUUCGAAUGAAAUCGUCACGAGAAAUCGCAAAUACAUGCUGGAUUUCUAUGAAAGGUCGCUUGUUCAUUUGUCAACAGAGCCUCACGUGAAAAACAUUUUUGAUGGCAACGUUUCUUUGGCUGAGUGUGUCACCCAGGCAAUACGGCGCGCCCCUGGCCUGAAUGGCAGUCUACCUCCGAGUUCUUUGUAUGAGUGCUUUUCCACCGUAUCAAAUUCAUUCGGGGGUAGAGUCCGUGGCCGUGGCACUCAGAACGCGACCGACGCCUCGGUUGAUGUGGGGACGUAUGUGGAGUUACCGGCACCGCCCUGUCCGUGGGGAUAUACCCGUCGAAGCGGCAAUAAGUGGAAUGCACGGGAGGAGUGUGUGAUGUGCCCACCGGGUUCGUUUGAUGAUGGAAAUGGUGACUGUCGUUGCAGCGCCGGCUCCGUUCCAGGCGAAAACGGCUGCAAAGCAACAGAGCACAAAUAUGCAGUUCCGCCCUCAUGGAAGUGGGUGGUGAACUCAUUGGAGGGCCUUGUUGCCUCCGAUGGUCCAGGGAACCGGAAGCCUGUUCUUGUGGUGAAACCUCAAAAUAACCCCAAAGAGGACGAGAAGACGGUGCUGGAGAUUCGUUGCACCAGGGGGCUAACGCGCUUUGUGGUGGAAAUGAUAAUGCCUGACAACAGCACCACUCCCUCGCUGCAGCGUUUCACACUCCCCCCGCAAAACUCCAUUACCGUUGCAUCAGCAUCAACAAUUUCCCUAAGUCUAGCAGGGUCAGCGGCUUUCGGUGGUGAGCAGUGUGAGUUUGGAGUUUGGACGAAGUCUUCAAGGUCUCAAAGCUCUCAGGUGCUCCGAGCAGGAAGCGCUUUUAUUGUUCCAUCCAUUUCAAAGCUCAACGUUAGUGUCUACACCCCUGCCUCGACUGCUCAUCAAACAACGUUCCCAGCACCGGGGAGGAAUCUCCCAUUGUGUGAUGCGUUGCCCAAGGCUGAUCCAGAGAAUGCGACGCUGGCUGCUUGUUCCACAUCUACAGGGAAUUUUGCAAUUUCGUUGCUCCUACAAGCGUACAAGCCGCUUACCGCGAGCACAUUUGGCAUUCUUAAGCAAAGGCUUUGGGUCGAUGGAAAACAGGCUGCAACCCUCGGUAGAUCGCUGCGACCCGUGCUAAAGCGUAUGCAUCUUGCGGUGCGUAUCAGGGUUGGCAGAAGGAACAGCAGACAGCCUUUGGGGGAAGGUUUUAUCGGAUCCUUUCCUCUUUCUGAAGUGAUCAAUCGACGAUUCCUUAUGCCGAAAAAUAUCGAGCGUGUGGUUGUGGAAGUUCAGGUUUUGGACCGUUGCACGUUCUCUGCAUCUGCACACAACCCCGUUUGUGCAAAAGCAAGGAUUCUCUUUGCUCCGGGUGAGGUAAGAAGAAUAACAUUCGACUCACCCACCUUCAGUGGCAUUAUAACUCCAGGGGACACGGAAAAUGGAGAGCAGCAACAGCCCUCUAAGUCUCCAGGCCCUUGGUGGCGGCUGACGCUCAUUGUGUUGGGUACCGUUGUCGUUGUGCUGUUGAUACCAACAGCGGCGUUAUUCCUGUGGUACAGACGUCGCUUCCGUUAG